UAUCCUCCUUGGGUUUCCUGUGGAGGUGUGGUGUUCUGCAGCAGGGGUUGUAAUGAUAUUGUUUGUUCAAUAUAGCACCCAAAGUUUUAGGAGUCUGACCUGUUCACUCUGUUGUGAACCAGUUCCCUGAGCUCCUGGUGAUCUUUUAGCCAUGCUGGGAUGGAACUCAGUAGGCUGAAGCCCGGGCUUGCUGGAGAAGGACUGUUGGGGUCAUGGCACGUUUGGUUCCUCUGCUUCAUGCUGCCUCUGGUGGCCUCAAACCCGUCUGCCUCGCCACCAACCAAAUCCUACAGCUUCGGAAGACAGUUCCUGGGGCUGGAUAAGUGCAAUGCCUGUGUGGGCACCUCGAUAUGUAAGAAGUUUUUUAAGGAGGAGAUAAGAUUUGAAAAGUGGCUGUCCUCUCAGCUGGACCUCCCCUCAGCCAACAGGACGUCCUACGAGGGGAACUACACAUGCGACUCUGAGAGCUGGAGGCCUGUGGUUCUGUCCCGCUUGGUGUCCCCCCACCUGCACGAGCUGGCUGACAAAAACAUCUGCAUGUCAGCAGGCAGGAGGAAAUCCUGCAGCAUCGAGGCCGUCCUGAGAGCCACCCCGCGCUUCCAGACCUGGACACGCUCCAAUCUGCUGCUGCCCAGCAUGGUGCAGGCUCUGGCCUCUCCCAUGCUGCGCUGCCCGUCUCAGAGACUGCUGGACCGAAUCGUGCACCGCUAUUUCGAGGUGGCUGAUGUGGGCAGCGUGCAAAUGAAACACUUCACUACUAAGGACAAGCUCCGCCUCCUCUACACAAUGGCUGUCAAUCAACAACCCCUUAUAUUACAGAUGUUUCCAGGCACGGAGGGCUGGCCCUUCCUCCGCUAUCACGGUUCCUGCGGCAGGCUGAUGGUGUGGGCAGGCUCCGGGCCCUUGAAGAAGCUGUACUCAUCUCCGCUGGCUCAGCGGGCGGACGCGGCCUACCAACUCCUCCACAUCACCCAGAGCCUGGCCUGCAACAGCCUCCGCUUCCACCUCUACUACACCACAGCUUCAGAAGACAUGUUCGGCAUCGUGGAGGACGGCAGGGUUUUCAUCGCCGACGCCAGCACCAUCGGAAUCAUCGAUCUGCAGGAGGGAUUCCACUCUGAAGAAAACCCGCAGGCAAACCACAGCGAUGUCUUCUCCUGUCUGAGCGGCUCCUGUCUGCAGGUUCCUCCCUGUGAAAGCGUUCGUCCCUCCCAGAGCUUCACCCUCCUCUGCAGACACAUCCUCCCCAAACUGCUCUCUUCUGCUGACCUACAAUCAGCUGGACUGCCCAGAACGGUCAUGAUGGAGAUGAGUGUGUGUGCAGACCGCUCGCAGUCUGACCAGAGGAUAUUUAAAGCUGCACAAAUACUGCAGGAAGCACUACAGGCUUUAAGGCCAUGCAGUAACGAGUAUGGGUACAGGUACCCUGAGUGCAAGUACAGCGACAAGUUCUAGAGGAACCAGAGGAGCGACACGAUGGUAGAACCCCAAGAGGACAGAGAUGAUGGUUUAAAAUACGUGAAGUGCAUAACUCAGAAAUCUCGCAUCUAUGCAAAAUCUAUAAGGAAAGAGGGACCCCUGUUGGUCAAUCUUGUUUUUUGGGAACAUUUUUGAGAACUUUUUCUGCUAUAACUUUUUAAAACACAGCACUAUCAGAAGAAGUAUAUGCAUGAAAUGCUACCUAAUUUUAAUUUUAACUCUGAUACACAAACCCAAAAAAACAGACAAACAAUAAAAAAUGGUAUUUUCUGUACAAUGCUUACAA